CAGCGGCAAGCGGACGGACACCUUUGUUAACUUAAUGCUGCGUGUGCAACGCGCCCUAGCAUAGCGGCUGUGAACUAAAUUUAUUUGCGCUGUCUCUCGGGUCGGGCUUGUCUUGUGAUUGUGAAAACACUUAGUUAUUUGUAAAAAUGGCGACAGAGGUAACGAAUAAUGCACCAGUUAUAACUGAAAAAGAGAAAGAAGAUGCCGCCGUAGAUAAUGGUCAAACUAAAGAAGAGGCGCCGGCUGUGGCAGAGAAAGUAGAAGAAAAGGCUGAAGAGAAAAAACCUGAACCGGUACCACCAAAACCUACAGUGCAUAAAGUUAAUUUCGAAAAAGAUAUCGUAUAUUUGUAUCAGUUUUCGCGAACACCGGUGUUGCCGUCGACAUCCCCGUACUGCUUGAAGGUAGAAACAUGGCUGCGUUUGGCUGGUGUAAAGUACGAGAACGUGGAUCACAAGGCGAAAUUCCGUUCCAAAAAAGGGCAACUGCCGUUCGUGGAGUUGAAUGGUGAAGAGAUUGCCGACAGCACUUUCAUCAUCAAAGAUCUUUCUGAGAAAUUCAACAAGGAUCUCGAUGCGGCGCUCACGCCGGAGCAGCGGGUGCUGUCGCACGCGAUGAUCUCCAUGAUCGAGAACCACCUGUCGUGGGUGCUGCUGUGGUGGCGCGCCAAGUACCCCGACACUGUCAUCAACGGCUACCACAUUAACCUGCAGAAUGCGCUCAACACCCGCCUGCCGAACACCAUCCUUAACUUCUGCUACAAGCUCACGUCUGGCCGCAAGGGUAUGAAAAAAGCGAAGGCCCACGGCAUCGGCGUACACAGCCAAGAGGAAAUCAUCGAGUUUGGCAAGAACGACUUGCGCGUGCUCUCCGAUCUUCUGUCCGACAGGCCCUUCUUCUUCGGCGACGAACCCACCCUGCUGGACGUCGUCGCAUUCUCCAACCUCGCUCAACUGAACUUCAUCGACAAGGAGGUCGCCCACCCGCUGCGCGACGCGAUGAACGACAGCUUCCCGAACCUCGUGGGGCUCGUGUCGCGCAUCAAGGAGCGCGCGUUCCACGACUGGGACGACAUCUGCACCACGCUCGACCUCAACGCGCACGUACCUAAGCCCGUCAAGGACACCAAGGAGACCAAGGAGGGCACCGGGCCCGCCGAGAAACAGCCGCUCCCAGAAGAACCUGAAAAGGGCAAGGGCGACGAGAAGGAGAAGGAGGUGGAGAAGGAGCCCGAGGAGAAGAAGGAGAAGGAGCCGGAAGAUAAAUAAAUGGCGACCACACCAGUUGAAUAUACACUAGAGUCAGACUCGGCAUACAUCCUGUAUAUUGUAAGCGUGUAAAUCCAUUUGUCUUUCCCGUUUUUUCGUUGAAGAGGACGCCCGUGCGCCAAUCGAUAUAGUGUGCUUUUAAUGUUUCAUUGACAUUAUGUGUUCGCUCGAUGUCGUGUCGUGUAAGUAAUCUCGAACAUAAACGACCUGUCCUGUUUAAGAUUUAAACGCUCUUUUUAUUGUGACGGUCAUCUUUUGUAAUUAUUAUUAAAUUGUAUUUCUAUUAGUUUCAUAUGUCAAUAGGAAAUUGGCUGAAGUAUGCUCUAAGAUUAUAAUAUUGAUGAUUGUUUAGGUACUUACAGGAUUAGAUAAUCUUUUUUUUUUUCAGAUAAAUUAUCUAUGUGAUAAGGAAUACGUACGUAAAUAAUAUGAAUACUCAUAGUCAAUGAAAUGUUUUCUAAGUAUCCAUGACACAGUAAAGUAAUUGAUCUGUAAUAGAGUAGGUUACCUAUUGAGGAAACCUGUCUCCCUUGCCGGCGCGGCGCCGCGCGCUCCGGCUCUCGUCUCCUAGUGUCCAUGUAGAUGUAGCAAAAACAAUACUCAACUCAAUCCACCUACUUACUCAUCAUUUCCUUUUCAUCUCAUUCAUUAUACAUUUCAAAUAUUUUAAAUAAGCUACAAUGUUUAGUCUAGAAAUAUUGAUACCAAAAAUUGGCUGAUGUUAAGUAGUUAAUUGGGUAGUAUUAUCAAAUUCGGCUCGUCGAUUAGAAAUGAGAAAUAAAUAAUUAGACUGUUUUGAGAUUCUUGUACUUUAUCAGUUUUUACAAAUAAAAAUUUACAAUUUACAAAUUUUUGAUAAACGAAAAAGCCUGGAAGACUGUUUUUCAUGUUAUUAUGUAAUUCAUAGUCCAUAAUGUUUUUGAUAUUGUAUUAAUUGUUAAGAUUAAGAACGAAUGUGUACUCAAAUUGUAAUAUUAACGAAUUAGAAUUCCUUGUUUGAUAAGAAUAAUUUGUUAAGCGUACGAGUCGGCCGUGUGGCCGUGUGGUACAAGUACAUAACAGAGCGCGAGGCCGGCUCUUGCACUACAUUCCACUGCAUUCGUUUCGACGUGCAUGCCCAUGCCCCCCUAGAUGCUGACUAUCAGCACCAGCUCCUGUCUCUUAAAAUGGCCGGUUUGUUUUCGCACAUUACUUGGGUACUUAUUUCCAAGGUUUCGUUAUUGUAGUAACCACUGAAACAGGCUUAAGAUAACGUAACUUACCGCCUCAGAACGACGUCUUCAUUUGGAGAAUACAUUUUAGCACGAUUAAUCGCCUUGCAAGUUUUUGGAUAUUUAACAUAUUUUAUACAUGUCAUCUGGUUGCAAAAUAAUACCGGGCUGAUAGUCAUUGUGGAAACUUGUGGGCUUUUAGUUGUAGUAGGAUGAAAACUUGUACCAAGUUCGAUAUGAUUUAUUUGAAUGCUGUUUAUCUCGGUGGUCUCGGUACUACAUUACUCAUGUAAGUGUAAUAAAUGAUACUUGUAAGUCUGUAGUAGGUCUGAAGAUAUUUCAUAUAUCACAUAGAUAAAGAUAGGAUUAUAAAGAUUAAAUAAGCAUAACCGAAUACGGUUUACGGUAGAUUAGGAGGGAAGAGCGAGUUGAUGAUAAAUGAAAAUAAUUCGUUGGAUCACUCGUGAAUUAUAUCGUAAUAGUUAACUCUGUAUACAAUAAGGUCAAAAUUUUAUUUGACUUAAUAUCUUGAUUUUACAAUUUUUGGGGAAUGGUUGACUACGUCCCUCCCGACAACUGCUGACCAUCACUGCCAUUAGUCACACACUAAAUAUAAGGUUUAAUAUAAGAAGAAUUAAUGGUUUAGAAACGAUUGUUAUUCAUAAGCUAUGUACAUACCUAUUCGUUUGAAGAGGUUUAUUGAUCAAACGCAUCCCGAAUAAAUUAUGAGAAAGUAAUAUCAAAUCAGCUAAAUCAGGGGUUCCCAAUCUGUGCCCUCGGCGCUAAGGCAGUUGAGAGGGCCGCCAUGAGCCAAUCCUCCUCACCAUGUCAUUAUCUAUUUCGAAUAGCCUAGUAAGGACGCCGCCGCCGAAAUGUAAACUUGCAAAUGCGCCGCGGAUUGAACAACAUUGGGAAACCCUGAGGUAUAUAAAAAAUGUAGAAGUUAGUGAGGCUUGUGUAAACGAGCCGAUAGUAGAGCCUGUUUCAGUGUGACACAAGAACUGGAAAGAGGUACGCACGAUGCUGUAACUCAUGCUCAUCCUCAGAUCAUCGCGUGUAUAAAAUGGGGCGAGUCUAGCUGGGCCGCUGUCAUUAGUGGGGGUCACCGUCGCGAGACUUUACGUGCGGGCUGUCUAUUUUAAGUAUAAUCAGAGAUUUUACUCAACAUCACUUUUGAAAGUAAUUGAUCUGUAUUUAGCUAGUUUUAGGUGUCAGAAAGCAACUUUAUGAAUGAACUAGAGAACUGUAAACGCGAGAUUAUGGUCGUUUUUGAGGUAGGUACCUAUAAUAGUGUAAUGAACAUGACAUACUUUGACAUUUAUUUGUGUUGUUGUAAGCUAGUACUAUUAUUACAAAGUAAUUAUAAUUACCAUAUAAUAGUGAUAAGAUUUUCAAGUAUGUUUAUAUUAUUAUAGAAUGUAGCAGACAAUUUUGAACAAUGAGUUGUAAUAUUCAUAUAGUUGUGUUUAAUUCAUAUAAUCAUUUUCUAAUUCACUUAGUAAUUGUGGUUAUCAAUUAUCGUGUCAAUAUUUUAAUAUUAAGUCAUAUUCAGCUAGUUUAUAAUGGUUCGCCAUAAAUGUGCCGACUAAGUAAUACACAACUGAGCUUUCAGUGGACACAAUGUUCUCAUUAGGAUUUCAGUGUUAUAUAUUCUGUCGCCAUUAAAGUAUAUAUCUACCAAA